AUGGUUCGUAAUCACCAACAACAAGUUGAAGGAAAUUCGGAAUCAGCAGGUUAGUUAGUUUCCUCAAUUUUUUCUCCAUAUAUUUUUUCGUAAAAAUUUUUGCGCCGUUACAUACGUUACGUAAUAUGUAUUUGUACAGGACAAACAAUAAUGAAAAUGAAAAAUUUGCUGUGUGUGUGUGUAUGCAAAAAGCGUUAUUAUUAUAGUUUUUUUUCGAAAAAUGUUUUGUUGCUGAAAACGCUUUCAGUUUCACUCUUCUCUCAGUUAGUAUUAGUAGUAGUAAAAAAAGCAAAAAAUGAGAAAAACCAGUUCAAUCAUCUUUUUUUUCGCCUCGUGUUUACUAUUAUUAUUUAUAUAUGACUAGCUAGAUAAUAUUAGAUUUGAGUGUAUUGUUCUUUUUUUUGGACUGAUGUUUUUUGUUGUCUGCAAAGACUGUGACUGAAUAUCGUUGGAAUUAUUUUCAAAGGGACUUCCUUUUUUAAAUAUCCGAAUUCGAGCAUUUUAGAGGUCCAAAAACUGAAAACAUACAGAAUUAGCACGGAAAAAGUUAUUGUACAAUAAUGAUUUUUGCGAAUCACGAAUUUGUCCGAAGUGUGGCGCUGAUCCUUGACAAUCUAAUCUAGACUAUCUGUACUCAGCUAUUUGGAAAAAAUGACACUUUUACUUCUUCAUAGCUUAAUUUUCAGAAAGUAGAAUUAUUGAAAUAACUAUUUCGUGGUCUGUUCCUUCAACUUCCAAAAUUAAAUUUCCCGAAAAUAUUUAUUUUAUGACCUUGCCUUCUGUUUCGUUGUCAGUCACUCACAGAUUUCUCAUCAUUACGCAAUCAAAACCUGAAUGUCCGAUGUUAUUGGUCAACUAGCGAAUAGCCCUAGAAAAAGUGCAUUCAAUUAAGCUCGAAACCGGAUUUCUUGCCGCUGACGCGGAAAAAAAAUGGUAUUCGACUGCUUGCGCGCGCCGCCGCUCGCAUUCUUGAGAACACUUUUUUCUUCCAUUCAUCUGUUCGUUGUCGUUCAUUUUUUCAUAUUAUUAUUAUUACUUUUUCGGAUUGGGAGAGGGAUUGAAAGAAACUAGAAUUCUUGCAUUAGAAUUAGAGGGAGAUGGGACAUGUUUCGAAUUUUGGUGCAAAAAUAAUGUGAUAUGAUCAACUCUGAAAUUUCGACCUGAGAUUUACGAUGCAUUUAAUUUUUAUUAUAGUUUUGAAAUUAGAAUUCCACGUGGUAAUUUUAAAAUUUCACUGUUGAAAUGCCACGCGGCAACAAUUAUUAUGAGAGUCCAUUCUCACCUUAAUGUUUUUUAAACUUCAGCGCCGAUAAAUUUGAAAAUUCAUAUAUCUGACCUGAAAUUUGCGUGGAUUUUCGUUACAUUUUUGCUCCAAUAAUUCCAUUAUCAUAUUGAUGCUCAAAAAUCCAAAAAUGUUCGGUUUUCUUGAUAUUUAAGCUCUCUGACAGCUGCAACUAGGAUUUCCAAGCUUUACUGCUGGACUAGAAGCUCUUUAGGCUCCGCACCUAAUCACAGUACUGUUCAAGGUGCAGAUCCUUGUCCAAGAGGAUUUCUAGACAGCGGUUUAGACAAUGAACUUUUCUAGGCUCGGUAACUUGACAACUAUGUACGCUUUCAAGGCUUCACUAUUUGACCCAUAGCUCUAAAAUUUUGUCACUGUUAUUUUGUUCUGGGGUUCAUAGCUCACUUUUCUCCAGAACUUAUUCAAUAUUUCAUUCAUUCGAUUUCCCGCGCGCUUAAACAAACAUCAAAAAUUGUCCCUCUUGCGCCAACUUUUCCUCUUCUUCUUCCUCUUGGUCAGUCAUUUUUUCCGCAUUUGCCGCGCGCGCGCGCUAAAAUGACCAGUUUAUGACGCGACUGACUUUCCGAAACAAUCCGGACCGGAUUGUUUCGCCGCAAUUUUCUUUUUGCUUCUUUUUAUUUUUUACUCUGCUUUGGUAUAUGCUUUUGAUGUGUCAAAAUUUUUUUUUGAGUUACUGUAGAUCAGGAGGCACAAUUUUUACCCUGGGUUACUGUAUAACCGUAGAUAUAACUCUAGAUCUUCAAAAAAAAUCCACGUGCUUCACAAUAUUCAACCCAAAACGUUGAGUUACUGUAGAUCCUUUGAAAAUAUUCUGGAAGCCUGAAGCCAAUGAUUUUCUGAAAGACCACAUUACCAAAAAACCAACUAGUUUUAGUUUUUGAAGCAAAACAUGCACUUGAGAAGAAGCUGUUCUUCUUCUUUUUUUAGUCGAAUUCAAAUUUGAAUUAAAUUUAGGUCAAGAUGACUGGUUAUUUACAAAAAAAGACAGGUUCUCUUUCUGUUCUCAGCUGAUUGAUUCGAGGAAAAAAUCGAAAAUCGUCAUCAUGUGAUCGCCAAAUAGAAAAAAAGAAAAGAAAAAGUUUUUCUAGCUGCUGCGCAAUCGCUUCUUUUUUUUGUCUUUUCUCAAACCGAACCGAACAACAAUUUGAUUUCAAGUCGGAAGUUUUUUCACUUUCAGCAGCCAGAAGCACUUAUUAAUUCUUUCAUUAUAUUCUCAUCGUAUUAUGUAAUCGCCUUCUUUUUUUUUGUUUCACUUUCGAUUUGAUUUGAAUUCCUUGAAAUUAUUACGGUAUGCUGCUAUGAUUUUUGAUGCUGAAAUUGUAACUGGAAAUCUUGUGAGAAAAUUUCAGAGGUUGCUAUAGGGUUACUGUAGGUCAAAAUUCCGCGGUAAAAUUCUCCAUUUUUGAUUUUCAAUAGUUUCGAAAUCAUUAUCAUUUUGAUUAUUUCUCAUGAAAUUUCGAAUUACUGUAGCUCUUUUGAAUAGGAUUGGUAAGGGAAAAUCGGAUUAUUCCCAGACCAGAAAAAAAGUGGUCCGAUUUAUUUUUUUCCAAAAUCCGAUUUUUCUAUUGGCCUUAUUCAAAAUCUCUGAAGUUGAGUUAAAUUCUGAAAUUAACAAUUUAGAGCUUUGUAUACACUUUUCAAUAAUUAAAAAAGGUUCCAUUUCAAAAUUUUCCUGAUAAUUGAUGUACAUUUCAAAACUUAUCAUAAAUAUUUCAAAAUAUUUCCAAUCCCUCCCGAAUUUUCACAACAAUUUCACAUCAAAAACCGUCCUCGUUGUCUUUUUCUUUCAUUUUUUCCGCUCACCUCCUUACCGCGCAGCCGCCGCCGCCGGUUUCUAUUUUCGGAACAUGACCAGCACAAAAAUACACACAGCCUCACGCACCGCCAUCUAAAAAUAGCAUCUCCCAUCGAGUGCACGACUGUGCAAAUAGUGUGACCUCUCCCCCCACGGGCAACAACGGGUCACUUCUUCUUCUUCUUUUCGAAAUAUUUUUGGAUGAAAUUGCGCUAUUUUUAGAUCUGGUUUUGUGUUUGGUUUUUGUUGUUCUUUACUUUUAUACAGUGUGUUAUUCUAUUUUUCUAACAGAUCAAAAAUACUUUUUUCUUAGCUGCAGGUACUAGAAAAUUAGGCUCUGUUGUUUCACGCACAGACUCUAAAAGCUUCAAAGUUUAGGGUUAAAAUUUUAAACUACCCUGUAUGUUUUUGUUAGUUUUUCUAGAAGUCCCCCUUUUAUCUCAAAAAUCUGUGUGUAAAAAUCUACAAUCUUGUGACAUAAUCCAAGUUGACAAAUCAAAUGAUAAGAAAUAUCAAAAUCAAGGUUGAAUAUUUACUUUUUUGGGCGCCAAAAAUUUUUGUCUAUUUUUUUCAAAAAAAAAAAGAGAAAUUUUUGUUUUGUUUUCGUCAACAACAACAACAAAGGUUCUUUUUUUGAAGACUAGUAUAGUUUUUUUUUACUUUGCCUUUGUCAUAUAAAAAAGUAUUUCAAUUUUUUGAAUUCUCAAAUAAUUUCUGAAUGUUUCAGUGGAGCGCAUUUACGAUAUGACAUAAGUUGUGGUGUUCUUUUUCUUCUUCUUCUUCAUAUUUUUGUUUUUGUUUUUGUUUUCUUCUUCCCAAUUCCAUUCCAUGCUCGUUUUUUCUUGUUUACUUCUUUGCUUCUUCUUUGCGAAGAAAAAGACGAAGGAAAAAUCUUGUUUUACGAUUUUGGAUAUAUUUUCGUGCGUGUUGAUGCCAAAAGAGUUUCGCGCGAAAAGUUCGAGAAACUUGUUGUUAUUGAUUUUUCUAGAUUGAGAACAGCCAGGAAUUUUUUUUCGGAAUUUGCUUAUUGAAUAAAAUUUUUUGAAUUUCACAAAACUAUUUUUGGCACCAAGAAAUCAGUUUGCAAAUUUAGUCCUCAAUAAAUUUGUCAACAUUUUUUUUGCGAAGUUCAAAAAAUUUCUGAAAUGUUCGGUCAAUUUUUUACUACUGUGGAACUCUAUAACUUGGCUCACUGAUGGUAAUUUCUGUAAAACAUGUUCCGAUCUGAAAUCCUUCGCAGUUUCAUAUUUUUCUCACCCAUCCCAUUUUCUUCAUCUUGUUUCUAGCUUCUUCUUCUUCUUCCCAUUCAUUUCUUCCAUUUUUUCCUUCAUUCGUUCAAAUCCAUCCCUCCUUUCCUUCUUCCCAAUCGCAUCCCACGAAAUAAAUAAAUACAUACACAUACACAUUCACAUUUUACACAAAAAUUAUGUGAAAUGCGAAAAAUUUCACUUUUCUUUCGCUUUUUCUGCGUUUUGCUUGCUUGCUUCUUCUUUCUUUCACUUUUUACAUUUUCGAUCAUUUUUCAUAUUAAUAAUAAUUUUCUUCUUCCUUGUUAAAUGACUUGAGAUUUUUUUCGGAUUAAAAAUAUUCCUGAUAUUUUGGGUUAGGCUGAACAUUUUCUAGAAAAAUUAAGCAUUUUGUAUUUUUUCAAAAAAAAAACGACACGUUCUAAUCUCAAGAAUUCCUAAAUUUUGAAUUUUUUUGGAAAAAAAUGACACGUUUUAAUUUCAAGAAAUUCCUAAAUUUUGAAUUUUUUGGAAAAAAAUAGCAUUGCUCAUUUUAGGUAUUUUCUGAAAUUUUUUGGAUACGGCUUAGAAUUAGUCUAGCUGGUUAGGCUUCGGAAGAUCAGAAUUUUGUUUCUCGAAACCAAAAAAAACAAAAAAUUCCAUUGCUCAUAUUUCGGAAGAUUAGUAUUAGCCUCAAGCUUAGGCCUAAAUAUUCAUACAGUCUGGAAACACGGAAGGUUACUUUUACUUCUGGAAUCCAGAAAACACCUUUUAUCUUUUUAUUUGAAAAAAUUUGAAUUUUCAAAAUUUUCUGAAAAAACGUUCCAGUUUUCCACGUGGCAAUAAGUCUCUGGAGACCGAAACUGAGCUAUCUAAAUAUAUAUUCUCUAAAAGUUGUCCAAUCUCAUUUUCUUGAUCAACAUUUUGAAGAUGAAAUUAAGUAAUUCAAAUGUCUUCUCCCCUUCCAAUUUCCCCUUAUUUCAUUUUUCACAUUUUUCCCUGUUUCACCCAUCCAUUAAAUCAUUCCUCUUCUCUCUUUUUUCCAUCUCAAAAAUGUUUUGCACCCAAUUGGUGCAAAAAUAGCAAAGAGAAUCAGAGAAAAAUAGAAAAACAACAAGAAUAAUGUCUGUGGUCUCUUCUAAUCUGACCAAUGUCUCGUUGUUUUGUCUGUCUGUCUCAAGUCUCUUCUAUACUGACCACUCUCUUAUUUUUUGCUAUAUACAAACACGGGGAGAAGGAGAAGAAGAAGACUACUACGAAUACUACUAUUUUUAUUCUUAUUUUACUCCUCUUCUUUUUUGGGUGGGGCUUUUUGGAAUCAUUUUUGAGAACUAUUUUUACACUGUUGUUUUUUGAGAUUGACUUUGUGAGCUAUUUUUAAAACUGGGAGGAGCAGAGAUUUUUUGGUUUUUGAGAUUUUUUUUUGGAAAAGUCUGAGCUUCGGAAUUCUAUGAGAUUUUUUGAGAUUUUUUUUCGGAAUUAAAGACUAUUGAAAUUUGAAAAGUAUUUUUUGAAAUCUCGAUAGGAAACAUUUCUUUAAAAUUCCGAAAUAUUUCGAACUACAGUAUUUUUUUCAGAAUUUUCUUGAUAUUUUCAAAAUUUUUGAUAAAUCAAAAGCUUACCUAAAAUGAGCAAUGUCAUUGAAAAAAAUCUACAAAAUCUCAUGACACACUGCUUUCAAAAAUUCAAUUUUUCCAAUAAAAUGUCAAGAAACAGACAUUUUCCUACGCCUACCAUGUUUAUCAAAAUCAUUCGAACCCCCGCCCAGAAUUUGAGCGUGUAGAUUGUUUGGUAGACCUCUAACUACAGUAAUUGUUCGAGAUUUUUUUGAUUUACACACAGAUAUCGAUAGAUCAAAAACUUUAGCUGACUUGUUCCUAGAUUCCGAGAUUCUUUCCAAGCAUCUCAAUUCCACCCUACAGUAAAUUAAGAAUUUUAGCUGAUCUACCAAAAGCUUUUCAACUUUGGCUAACUAUUCCAAUUCCCAGGCUCCUUUUCCAAAAAUUCUCAAUCUCGAAAAUCCUUAUUCCCUUGAUCUCUAUUUUAUUUUUUUUUCCGUUCCCAUGUCUCUAUUUUUGUGUGUGCGCCCGUCCGGAUCCUUGUCCCGACUUCCCACCAAGGCCAUCAUUUUCUUUCUUCCUAUUUUUCGGUGUAUGUCUCUUCUUGUUCUUUCAUUCAUUUUUUUUCUUUAUUUUCUCAUUGCAUUCUCGACCUGUGUUUGUACCAGCUGAUACCUUUACCCUCUGACCGUCUGCGUCUCUUUGUAUGUCUAGUACUCUCUCGUAGUUUGCUGGCACGAUGCCACCCGGUUUUUGAACACACACGGGAACGACGGGACGGGGAAUGACUUUUGAUGAUGAUUAAUUUUAUUUAGGUGUAGGUACCGUGUUGUGUACUUUGAAUGAUGACAUUGCUCAUAUUAGGCAGUUUUUUUGGGUUGGGUUUCAAUUUGAAGCUCUGAUUAAUUAGACCUAGAUAGUUUGAAUCUUAGUCUAGAACCUGAAAAAAAAGCAUUGCUCAUGUUAGGUUAUAAUUCUGGAAGAUUAGGCUUAUCCUCAAGCUUAGUCCAGGAUAUUUCUAAAGUGAAAAAGAUUAAGGAUUUUUAAUCCUAAAUUCAGCCUACCUGUAUUAGGAAACUUCUGAAAUUCUGAAUUUCUCUGAAACUUCAGAUUUUUCAGAAGACGGAAUUUUGAAAAAUCGUUUUUCAAGUUCUGAAAGCCUGAAAGGGUUUGAAUUAAGCUUAGAUUAAGCUUUCCAAAUUUAAUCUGGUUGAACCUUUGAAUUCGAGAAGGCCUAAUAUGGCAUUGCUCAUUUUUGAAGUAUUUUUUAAGUCAAUUUGAAACUUCAGGAGUUCUUCUAGAGGUUAUUUUUAUUGUGAAAUGUUUCAAGUCUACAAACUUUUAGGAUUCCCCUACCUUGUACGAGACUUCCCCGCUCGCUGUAACCUUCACCCCAAGCAUCACAAACACGUCAAAUCAAAAUUGAAUUAUUUCAUAAUACCCACAUACAGCCACACACACACAUAACUAACAAAAUGACCUUUAUUGACCUUAUGGGACUGUCUUCGCUCGUUCUUCUUGUGUCUUUUUUUUCACUAUGUUUAUAUGUGGUUGGGAUGGUGCGUAGUACCGCGCAGUAUAUGUGUUGUGUUGUGUGAGAGGUGGUACACACAGGCAGACACUUUCUCGCUGUCUGCAUCUCUUGUCAGCGUUCUCACUCUCUCAUAUAUUUCGCGCGGGAUGGAUGGAUAUCUUUUUUUGUUGUGUUGCUUUGGUUUUUUUUUUGACUGAUUUGGGUGUGGUGGUGAUUUUUUGAGAGAGGUUUUCGAAGUUUUUUUUCUUUGUUACUGUAGAAUUUUUGUUCAGAGUUUGGUAGAAUUUGACCCAGGCGACCUCUGAAAUAGAUUCUGAAAUAACUUUCGGAACAAAUAAAAUCUUACUUUAUUUCGAACUUCCCUUCAGUUUUCGUGCAAACUUUCCAAACUUCUAACAAUUCCUGAGAACCUUUAUCUUAUUUUUUGUAGAAAAAUUUCUGAAUCUGAAAACUUUUUUUUUUGUGUCUUGAUUUUGAUUCGGACCAAAUUCGAAAAUACUUUAUCUUGUUUCCUCUCUCUUUCAAAUUCUCAAAAAUGUUUUGUUUCAGGUUCGAGCAGUUCAUCGGGUUGUAGUUCUUCAUCAACUGAACUCUACGAUCUAAUUCGUCAUCAAAAUCAACAACUUCCAACAUCACAACAAGUUCAAAGUGCUACCGCUGCUUCUGUAACUGCUUCCACCAUCCCACACCAUCAUCAUCAUCCAUAUCUUCAUCCUCAAAUUUUACACAAUCAUCAGUUGAACAAUUUUCAACAUCAGCAACAACAAGCAGACGGUUAGUGAAUUAUUUGAAUUUGACGGGGAAAAAUCUGAAAAAUGUUUUGAGUUGAAAUUAUUCUUGUGAAACAGUAAAAAUUCUUAAAAGCAUUUCUACGUUGAAUUUUUCACUGAAAAUAAAGUACUAAUUCAUUUAGUUAAAUCUUUGUGGAAUUCAAGCUUGAAAAUUUCUGAAUGAAAAAAUCUGAAUUUCGAAUCAAUUUGCAAUGAAAAAGUUGCUCAUUUCGUUGAGUGAUUUCCGAAAAAAAAGAAUGAUUCUCGUGACCCUUGAACUGCAUAAUAAUCACAAGAGACUCUGAUCGACAUGAUCUUUUUUUUUCGUCCUGCCUAUGUCAUUUUAUCUCUGCGUCUCCAUUGUUUCCCUAUCAUCACACACAGUCUUUUUUUUCAAAAAAAAAUUGGGAUGCGUAGAAAAAAACAUUGAUUGAUUUUUUGUCGACGAUUUGAUUUGACAAUUUUUUUCUCUAACUGUCUGUCUAGAAAAAUUUUUUUUUUUCGAAAAUUAAAAAUUGUUUAAAAUUGCAGUGGCCGCCGCUCAACACCAAUUCUCAACCACAGCUCUGCAUCACCAAUUGCAGAAUCUUGUGCACCAACAACAACAUCUUCACCAUCAUCAUAUUCCGAUAGUUGGUGAGUUUUUUGGGGGAUAUUUCGGUGGAAAAUUUGAAAUUAUGAAAAUUAUGUUGAAAAAAUUGCGAAAAUUUGAAGACUUUUAUGAAAAUUUGCUUCAAAUUUAAAAAAAUUUGGAAAAUUUCGACCUAACUUUCAAGUCAAGUCUGAAUUGUUAAACCUAAGUCUAACAUUUUGGUUAGAUUAAGCCUAGGAUACGUAAAUUUAUAGUUUUCUGUACAAAUUUUUGAAAAAUCUGAAAUUUCACAAUAAUUCUCACUAGAAUUUCCUUUCUUCUUCAAAAAAUUACACAAAAUCUUUUUUUCUCCAAAAAACCUAAAUAUGAGCAAUAAUCCCUUAUCCUUUUAGUUCAUCUUUCUCUCUGCAAAAAACCCGAAAUUCCUUGCUGUUCCAGUUUUAUACUUUUUGUUGUUUUGGAGCACACAUCAAACUGAACUUGCUCUUUUAGCGUUUUGUUUUUUUCUAUCCGCUCAUGUAUUUUUUGUUUUGUUUACCACAAAAAUUGUGCUCUUUUCUCUCUUCAAUUAUUUUUUUCUUCUGUGUUCUGAAAAAAGUUCAAAAUAACAAAAAAUCAACGUGUCGCGGUUUUCAAGAAUUAUGUGAAUAUCUUAUUUAUGCAAAACAAAAAAUUCUACCAAAAAUCACCGGUUUUGCGUGCGUCAUUUUGUAUCUUCCAAAUGACGAAAAUUUUCCCCGAAACAACUUUUUUUCUCGAGAAAAAAGGAAAUGUCUGGAAUUUUCUUCUUUUUCCUUUUUCGUUUUUACCUUUUUUUCUUCCUAGAAAAAAAGAACGUGUUCCGAAUGAAUCAGCUGAGCCAAGCCGGCUAUCUAUGACUUCUCUGCGUCUCUCUCUCUCUUUCUCUCUCUUACUUCCUUUUUUGAUCUCUCUUCCUUUUUCUAGCUGAAAACCAAAAGGUGAUUCAGAGGAAUGAACUUUUAUUUCUGAGAGCAAAAAAAGUUCAGAGAGAAUAUAAAAUGAAAAAAAAGGACACGUAAUCUUUGGAAUACGAAUGAAUUAAUUUGAAAAUUGAAUAUUUAGAGGAUUAAAAAGCCUUACUGGAAAAUUGUGAAGAUUUCUGAUUAGAAAUUAGGAGAUUUAAAAAAUCGAAUUGGAAAAUUUGAUAUUUGGGAUCAGAAAGAGAUACCAAUUACUCUAAUCCAUCCAUUUUUCACAUCAUAAUUCACAUCAGCUCGAAAGCUCUUUUGACUUGGUCAGUCAGUACCCAAAUUUUUUUUUCAAAAUUUCAAUUUAAUUCAUUUAACAUCUAGAAAUCCUACAACCAGAUAAACUUUGAAAAAAAAACUGAAUUUCCAAGAAAACCCCGUAAUAGAAUUUCUAUGAUGUCAGAUGAUGACGAAAUCCACCCCCAUCAUUUUUUCCGAACAAAAUCUUCUGAAAACUUUUGAAUCCUAACUUCCUACAAAAUUCGAUUAUCCGGAUCAAAGUUAUCCUAAAAGUUCACCAAAAAAACGUCGUUCUCGUCAAAAUUUCACUUCCCAAAAACUGGCUACUCGUUCUCUGUGUCUUAUCUCGCGCAUCUCUUCAUUUCUCACAAUCUCUCGUCGUUUCUUGUGCCAAGAAAUAUUCAUCAUCAGCUGUGUGCUCUUCUCUCAACUCACUCUCCGUCUCUUACUCUCUCGCCACCCUCUUCCUUUUCCAAAACGAAAAAAGUGCAAAAAGAGGCGUGGUGGUGGCUUUUUUUCUUCCUUCGUCGCGUUUUUUUUCGGUGCCUGGCAUUCAAGGUUAUAGUAUAUAUAUACUACGACUACAAUCUUUUUUUAUUUUGACUAAACACUCUCUGAUACAUUUUUGAGAAUAUCUACCUCUUCUUGAACAUUAUAAAGUUCUGAAACAUGCGGGACAUGUUAUAUGGUUAGUUUUUUUCUGUCGGGGAAAAACAUUUAAAUCAAAUGGAAAAUUUUUUAGUGAUAAGAAAAUUUGUUCUUUGAAGUUUAAAUUAAAGUUUUGAAAAUUCAAAAAUUGCUCGUUUUAUAUUUGAAAUUGCUCAUUGUAUAUCAAAUAUUCAAAUUUUCGGCGGAAAAAAUUUAAAUCGAAAAUAUUACAUGAAAAAUAAUGCGCCAAGAAAUUGUCGACUUCUUUUCUUUUUAAAUCCAUUUUUUGUUUCAGGUGACAUGGCUUUGGUGUCAUCUCACACCCAUCCAUCAGCCGUUGGUGGAUCAACAACAACUUGUUACGAGAAAUCGGCUGCUCAACCCUCAGGAGCAUCUCAACAACAAAAAUCACAACAACAGCAACAACUUUUGCAACAACCAUCGACAGCUCAACAACAGCCACAGGUAGGCUUUUUUCAUUUUUUUGAAAAUAUUCUGAAAAUUUGAAAAAAAAACCAAGAUCAAAAAUAAAUCCACUCUCUUCUGUUUGCACAAACUUUUGCGGUGGUCUCGAACAGAAAAAGUGCAAAACGCCGUGUACUUUAAGGACAUUUCUCAUCUCAUUCGAUGACUAAAAAUGACCAAUAAUUUUUGUACUUUUUUUUCUGAAUGCGGGAAUAAAAUCGGAUUAAUUUUUGAACCGAUGAAAAAAAUGAAGAAAAUGGAAAAUUCCUGGAAAUUGUUGUUGUUUUCCAUGUUUUUCUUUUUUUUGGUGACGUUAUUUUUUGAGAAAUAGAAAAAGGGAAAAACAAGAAAUGUUCAAGAGAUUUUUUUCGCUGAAAAAGGUCAGUAAACAGAAAACACACGGACUUUUGAACUUGAACUUGAGCUCUUGAGAACUUUAAGGACAAAAUUAAUUGAAAUUGAAAAAUAAAAAAAAUCUUUUGGUAAAUGAAGUUUUUGAUCUAAAUUUCCAAAACUUUGAAAUUUUUAAACGAGUUUUCGAAAAAAAUUCCAAACUACCCAAACCCCUUCUCCAAAUUAGUAUAUCAUAAUUUUCUCAUUUCAAAAAUCGUACACUUGAAAACCAAGCCCCGAAAAAACAAAUAAACCCAGGAACAUGUGUACUUUUUCACCGCUAUCGAUUAUUUUGUCAACUACGAAUCACCCGAUGGCGCCAUUUUAAACUAAAAAAAGAGAUAUUUAUGGGGAAAAGAGAGAACAGCGAGACGCUGAGAAAUCGAAUUUUUCAUUUCAUUUCAUUUUGUGUCUCUAUUUUUUCAACCUCACCACGUGACAACUUUCUCUCCUCACAUGUAGAAACAAAAUCAGAAAAUCAUUCCAACCACGUGGGGCAGCCAGUGUACAUUUUCAAGUGUAAAUAUCAAAAAGUGUACUAUUUUUCUCUCUAAUAUUUAUUAUUUUCCCUAUGAUUCUGAUUGCUAUUUUUGAAUCGGUUAUUGAAUAUUUUAGACAGUUUAUAUGGGUAAAUUUGACAUUUUUUUUGAAGAUUGGGAAUUAUUUCGGAAGUCUCGGCCGAAAUCAUAGAAAAAAAGAAAAUUUCAAAAAAAUCAUUUUUUAAAUUUCAAACAUUUUAUUGCAGGCUGCUCACAUCUCAUCAAAUGCAAUUCUCGCCGCCGCUCAACCAUUCUAUCCACCACCAGUUCAAGACACUCAACCCGAUCGACCAAUCGGUUAUGGUGCAUUCGGUGUUGUGUGGUCGGUGACUGAUCCGAGAAGCGGAAAACGUGUAGCCCUCAAAAAAAUGCCCAACGUAUUUCAAAAUUUGGCAUCGUGUAAACGAGUGUUUCGAGAAAUCAAAAUGCUCUCCAGUUUUCGACACGACAAUGUUUUAUCGCUUUUGGACAUUUUACAACCGGCAAAUCCGCAUUUUUUCCAAGAAUUGUGAGUUUUUCUCUUUUUUGGGUGGUUUUGAGAAAGAGGGAUUUUAAAAAAAAAUUUAAUCGGAAAACACUCCAAAAUUGAGCUCUGAAGCUUUCAAAAACGCAAUUUUAUGAUGAAUUGCUAACAGCUGACAUUUAGUCUCUUUAAUAUCCUUUUCUCCUAUCGGUCAGCAGGAAGAAAAGGGAAAAUAUUAGUAGUGAAAGUGGGACAAGGACAGUGAAAGUAGCCAGCAGCGAAUCGGGAAGGAAUUUCGGAUUUUUUGCUGUGUUUCUGGUCGAGAAUUUUUGGUCGGGAAUUAGGGAUCUGAUCAUUUUGAAGACUUCUGGUUACAGGAGUUUUCACCAAGGCUUUUAUCCCCUUAUGACCAAAUUAAGGAUACCAAAAAAAUGGGUUUAUAUCCAAGGUGCACCAAAAUUUUUCACACAUUUUUCUCUCUCUCAUUUCUUUUCUUGCUCUAAAAAAACAGCCGGAUUCUAAUCACCAUAUGUCGUCGUCGACACCUUCUUCCUUCCACCCAACACCCAUUCUCCCCCUUCCCACCAAAAAAACAAACAUGGUACAUACCAGCACCAACCCACGAGAGCCAGUUGUUUUUUUUUUCCCGUUCUUGCCUGCGCAAGUGACCUUUGUGUCUGCGUCUAUCUAUCUUUAUAUUGUUAUUAUUCAUCUUAUUAUUAUUAGUAGUAGUUAUAUUGGGGUGGACGAGAAGAGAGAACACACGGCCGGCCGGCCACCCUGUACCACCCACCACCAAUAACCAAAAUAUAUACCUGACCUUUUGAUUGAUUUGAAGAAAAUAUUUGAAUCACUAAAAAAAUUGGGGAAAUUUUUUUUCUUUGGUUUUGGCUUGCCAAAAUGUGAACCAGAAGGUCGUUCAAGUGUUGGUGACAUGGGUGUUGGCUAACACCAAAAUGCCAUUUGGUGUGGUUGGGUGAAUGGCAUUAAGGUUUUUUGACAAGGAAAAGGGGGUCUAUAAAUUUUUUAAAGGAAAAGUUAGCUCAUGAGAGAGAACAAUCCAAAUUUUUCAAAAAAUCACUAAACUUGAAUUUCUUACAGAUAUGUGUUGACUGAAUUGAUGCAAAGUGAUCUUCACAAAAUCAUCGUAUCUCCUCAACCUCUCACAAUUGAUCAUGUAAAAGUAUUUGUAUAUCAAAUUCUUCGUGGUCUCAAAUACCUCCAUACCGCUAAUAUCCUUCAUCGAGACAUCAAACCCGGAAAUCUUCUAGUGAACAGUAAUUGUAUUUUGAAAAUUUGCGAUUUUGGAUUAGCCCGAACAUGGGAUAGUCGAGAAAGACAGAAUAUGACACAUGAAGUUGUUACACAAUAUUAUCGAGCACCUGAAUUAUUAAUGGGUGCUCGUCGAUAUACAGGAGCUGUUGAUAUUUGGUCGGUUGGAUGUAUAUUUGCUGAAUUAUUACAAAGAAAAAUAUUAUUCCAAGCGGCUGGACCAAUUGAACAACUUCAAAUGAUUGUUGAUUUAUUGGGAACACCAAGUCAAGAAGCAAUGAAAUAUGCAUGUGAUGGAGCUAGAAAUCAUGUUAUGCGAGCUGGACCUCGACCAUCAAAUCUUCAAACUUUAUAUCGAUUAUCACAACAAACAACUGAUGAUGCAGUUGAUUUGUUGGUUAAAUUAUUGCAAUUUGAUCCGGAUAAGAGAGCAUCUGUGCAAGAAGCAUUGGAUCAUUCAUAUUUGGAAGAAGGAAGACUUCGAUUCCAUAGUUGUAUGUGCUCGUGUUGUUAUACAAAACCUAAUUCGGGUAAUCAUCGCAGUUUCGCACAAGAUUUGGAUCCAUAUGUAAGUUUUUUCUGGUAACCGGGGGAGGGUGGAAUUUGAUUUGAAUAAUUUUUGGAAAAAUCUAAACAGAAAAUUAUUGAAAAAAUAAAAUUCCAAAAUUCCGAAUGAAAAAAUACAGUAAAAAUUAUCUGAAAAUUCUUAUUUUCACUGAAAAAAUGAUUGAAAAUUUUUUUCUUCAAAUUUUCGCGUCAAAAAUUAAAAUUCCGAGAAAAAUUGUAAAGAUAAUUCAUAAUUUUUUGUUGCAGCACGAGGUUCCAUUUGAUCCAAAAUGGGAAAAAGAUAUGUCACGAUUAUCAAUGUUUGAACUCCGCGAUAAAAUGUAUCAAUUUGUGAUGGAUCGAUCGCCUUUAUAUGGAGUUGCACUAUGUAUAAAUCCACAAUCUGCAGCUUAUAAAAAUUUUGCAAGGUUUGUUAUUUAUUUCAUUUUUUCUCAAUUUUUUUCUGAAACAAUUCCUAAUCAAUAAAUUUUGCAGCUCAUCUGUGGCGCAAGCUUCCGAACUUCCACCAUCGCCAAAUGCGUGGUGA